AUGGCAGCAAGAGCAGCAGCAGCGAGCUCCACCGUCGCCACCACUAGCUUUGACUCUACGACUUUGUCCGCCACUGCUGCUCCUGCUGGCACCAAGAACCCGUCAGAUCAAGGAGAGUCUCGGUUGUCCAGUCAAGACCUGGACACUGAAGGCGAGGACGAGGAGCUGGAAGGACCCCUGCCUCCCACAAGGAUCAAGAGCCAGCCAGGAUUCUUGGAUGCGUACCCUUACUACUACGACGGUAUCACCUACCACCGAUACAAGUAUAGAAGAACGAUCUCAGCGGGAGCAUCAGCUACAGCCAUCAAGGUUCGCGCGGAAGGAGUUCGAUUUGAUGGGGAGUCUCUGUGCAUGAAAAUCCUGAAGAGAACCUCGGAGAACUGGGAACAGUAUGAACGCGAGGUCGUGGCUCUCCUCAAGACCAAGUCCCAUCCAUCGCCGUACAUCGUCGGAUUCUACGGAGCUUUCGUUCAAAAGGAUCAUUACUGUAUCGUCCUCGAGUUGGGUGAGCAGAGCUUGCUAGACCUACUUGUGACCAAGGGUCGGACCUUGCAGAGGGCCGAUUUCCAGCGGCUCGCCCACGAGAUUGCGAAAGCCCUACACCACCUCCACAACCUUGACAUCAUUCAUAGGGAUGUCAAGCCAGACAAUGUGCUCUUGACAUUGUCCGGCAAGGUGCUUCUUGCAGAUCUGGGCGAGUCGGAGGCUCUGGACGUCAACGGUACUACGACUGGUCGAUAUGGCACGGAGGGGUUCAUAGCGCCGGAAAUCGUGGACGAUACGAUCCGCUAUGGGCCUGAGGCCGAUGCCUAUGCUUAUGGGUGCCUUGAGUCUGCAGACGCAAGCUUCAGGGAUGGCCAGAAGCAUUUGACCUUGUUCAAAGCCUCAUCUGUCAAGAUCCUGUGCAGCGUAGAAGCAUCUCUGCUGCUCUCGCUCACCCGUUCUUUCAAGAAGAGCAUGCUGACCAAGGCUCAAUUGACACCCAUGGUGCGGCAGAGGAGGUGUCAACGGUCGAGUAUCUUAUGA